CGGCACGUCUAGUUCAGUAGGAAGCGUUUGGGCAGCCAUCUAUUUUCUCCUGAGCAGAAAUAUUUUUUAAAAAAUAAAACGCAGUACUGUUAAAUUAAAGCAGAAUUAAUCAUCUCCGGAGCCGUCACACCGUCGAAAUAGUCCGAGGCGCCUGGAAAAUUGAGGAGAGCAGAGAUGUCAGAGACCUACAAUUUCCUUUUUAAGUUCCUGGUGAUCGGCAGUGCUGGCACAGGGAAGUCCUGCCUCCUUCAUCAGUUCAUUGAGAAUAAAUUCAAGCAGGAUUCGAACCACACAAUCGGAGUGGAGUUUGGGUCCAAGGUGGUCAAUGUGGGCGGGAAGACGGUGAAGCUGCAGAUCUGGGACACAGCUGGGCAGGAGCGCUUCAGGUCUGUGACUCGGAGUUACUAUCGAGGUGCGGCUGGAGCUUUGCUGGUCUAUGACAUCACAAGUCGCGAGACGUACAACGCUCUGACGAACUGGCUGACGGACGCGCGCACCCUGGCCAGCCCCAAUAUCGUCAUCAUCCUGUGUGGAAACAAGAAGGACCUGGACGCAGACCGCGAAGUCACCUUCCUGGAGGCGUCUCGCUUCGCUCAGGAGAACGAGCUGAUGUUCCUGGAGACAAGCGCCCUGACAGGAGAGAACGUAGAGGAAGCCUUUCUGAAAUGUGCUCGGAACAUUCUGAACAAGAUCGAGUCAGGCGAGCUGGACCCUGAGCGGAUGGGUUCUGGGAUUCAGUAUGGAGACGCCUCCCUACGCCAGCUCCGACAGCCCCGCGGAGUCGCAGCACAGAACCAGCAGCAGUGUAACUGCUAGGGACUGGCCAGGACAUGCACCCCACACAGGGCCUGGGAAAAGUGCUGACUCUCCACUGGUUUCAAAUCCCCCUCGACUCAGAGGGUGAAUCUCGACCCUUUCUGAAAAACAAACCAGUGCCCGAGAUGGUGUGCCUUGCCCGUGCCCUCCUUUCCACCUUCCCGGCCCUCCUGGUCUGCUCACGAGUAAGCCUAUGGGAACAGUCUCCCGCAGAGCCCAGGUUACCCAGCAAGGGGCAAUGCGCUGGUCACUGGUGUACAAGGCAGGCCUGCUCUUUCUGAACCACUCAUCUGCUGUGAUCCACUGAGCUUUGAGUCCCAUACUUCCUAACAGGGAGGCGCAUAUUUGUAAAACUUUCACCCCAUGCAUUAGUCAAAGAUUUUUAUCCAUAACUUCAACCACUCAACCAGGUUAAACUGUUAUAAGAAAAGCUUUGUCCAAUGCCUUCAUCGGUUUCAUGGCUUCUUUUGACAGUAAGAGAUGACUUUUAAAGGGUUAUAAAGCCACUGAAUAGGUUAAGCAGCAGUUACACACAGGGUCCUUCUGGGUUCUUUCAUUGUCCUUCUGUGUUCAUCAUUGUCCCUGAGUUCUGUGUUCUUUAUCAUUGUCCUUCUGGGUUCUUUCAUUGUCCUUCUGUGUUCAUCAUUGUCCCUGAGUUCUGUGUUCUUUAUCAUUGUCCUUCUGGGUUCUUUCAUUGUCCUUCUGUGUUCAUCAUUGUCCCUGAGUUCUGUGUUCUUUAUCAUUGUCCUUCUGGGUUCUUUCAUUGUCCUUCUGUGUUCAUCAUUGUCCCUGAGUUCUGUGUUCUUUAUCAUUGUCCUUCUGGGUUCUUUACUUGUUCUAUGCUGAUUUGUCACUGUACAAAGUUGACGCUUCAUGGUAUCUAGCCAUUUCCUAUGCUUUAGGUAACAUUGUCUGAAACCAUCUAGAACAUUAUAGUGAAACUGACUUAACGGAACAAAAAGUAGUUUGCCAUCAGGAAACGGCAGCACAUUUGUAUUCUGUGUUUUUGAAAUGGCAAAUUAAAACAAAAAAAAGGUAAAACUAUUAGAAAAUAAGUCAGAUAAACAAAGUGUCUGACUUCAUUUCUUAGUGUAUUACCAAUUCUAAUUGGCUGUACAAAUAAAUGAUCCCCCUUUGAAGAUGCUUGCUAAAGGUAAUAUACAGUGUAAUCUGUGUUUGUAUUUAAAGUGCUGUGCAUCAUAUCCCAUGUUCUUGUGGUUGCAACUGUUGAGUGGGUUGUUGGUUGAUGCUUUAAUGGUAAAGGCAUCUGUAGUGUAGCCAUGCAAAUGUAAUACACAACAGGACAGUCAAUGUUCAGUGCACAUUUCAAACAGUAGCACAAGUACUUUUACCCCUACCCUCCCCACCCCCUUUUUUAUUUACCUUUAAUUGAGCGGUUUUCUGGUUGACAAAACAGAAACCCAACUUUUUCUCUAACUUUCUGACAAUGUAAAGUUUGGUUCAGUGGGAUUACAAAUAUGUGCUAUCAAAAUGUAAUUCUGCUGUCAUAAUUGCACUGGGAACCUUUGCAGGAAUUGCAAAGGGAAUAUAAUUGGAUGUCAGCACUUUCUUCCUUUGUCUCUGAUUGGCUUUGCUGAGACUCUUAUCACCUGAUCAGUUAGCCCAUUGAUCUUGGUAAGCUGAUUGGAUGCCCAAAAGGUCCCAUGGGUUGCAGUUUAACAUAAAACCUAAUUUACAACAUCUCAUAAGAGUGGGCUUUGCAUAAUGCCCUGUGUGUGUGUGUGUAGGCACUGUAAUAUGUUACAAAUGAUGUGGUUGCUGCACGUUAGUGCAUAUAUCUCAGGUAAAGCUAGCAGUUUUGUAACCUGACCUUGUGCAUACCAGUCGACCAGCGUAUUACCCCAUUCUCUUUUAUUUGUAAAAUAAAUCUAAACUAGGCACCAAUAUGUCACUCCUACUCUCUCCCCUGUGUUAUCUUGUAGUAUCUCUCUCAUUCUCUCUGCUUCUGUUAUGCCAACAGAUGUGUAGUCAAGUCUAGUACCUUUGAUUCCAGCUCCUGAUGUUUCAAAGUCUUUAAGUAAAGCAUGUUACAGGACUGUUCCAAAAACGUUCUUCCACUCUAUCUAAAGGAAUAACCCAGGCUUUAAAAAAAAAAAAAAAAAAAAAAAAAACGCUCAGAAUUGGCAACAUUGUCACUGGCCCUCAUUCAGCCACACUUCCUAUCACUUCCUGUUAUGUAGGUCACAUGAUCUGAUUGUAGUCAAGCCAUAGCAGUAAGUCUGACCUACAUCACAGGAAGUGAUUAGGCACAAGAAUGCAAGAUUCAAUCUGUUGUGCAUUAAACAGAAUAUCUUGCUCUCAAUAGAGGUGGUAAUGGUUUCUUGUACAAUGGUAAGACUUAAAUACAUAAUUUGCUGAAGUUUAGUGAAUGUUUUGUAAUGCAUUACACCUGAACUUGAACCAUCAGGACUCAGAGUUGAGUGCAUGCCUCUGUUCCAGUGUCUUAUUGCAGUGACUGUGUGAAGUUCUCAGUUUGUAACAGACAGUCCGAGUCAGUCGAUUCCAAAUGCACUCUCUUUAUUUUUAUUGUUUAUUUUAAAUACUGUAACUAGAGACUAACAUUGUAAUAAGAUUGAAGUAGUAAAUGUAAAUGUAAAUGCAACAUUCCUUACUGAAAGGUGACUACUGAGCCUGCUGUUACAGCACCACAUGUGGAACGAGACCCACACCAGCACUUGAGCCAGGGUGCCCAGUAAACUACAACAGCUGCACAUCUGCAAAUCUAGAUCCUCUUAAUGAACAGCUUGCUGUGGGAGAUUGUAGUGAAAUUGUGUAGGUUUGCUUGGCUUUCUUCAUUGGCAGGUGACAUACAGUGAGAGUGGGCUGUAUAAUGGAGGAUAAAUAUGAUUGAUUUGUAUUGGGGCACAAUGCUUCAGAAGGUAUAUCUGGUGACAUUUUAAUGAUAGAUUCACCCCCCAGCUUAAUGUUCUAAACCGGCUAAAAUAGGAGGCUGUUGGGAGAGGCUCACUGUUUUUACAGGGCACCCCUUUAGCACCACCAGAGUUCAGAGCAGAGCUGUAUACUGAGUGGAUAGCAGCCUUAUACCAGUGACUGUGUUGAACCUAUUUGAGCACAGGGCUAGUUUCAAGCCACGUCUAUACAUGUAAAUACCUCGGGAUGACCUUGCAAGAUUAAAGAAACAAAAGUCAAUAAAUACUUCAAACACCCAGUGUGUGUGCCAUUAGUUUACUAGAAUGGCUGCAUUGUACUGUAUACUUGCAUGAUAACUGCUGAACAGGGAACAUGAACAAGGAGAUAACUGUCCAAUGGGUUUUUAAAUAGGACUGGUGCAGCGCUGAGUGUGACUCGACCCUCUCGGCAACAGAGUACUGUGCUGUCAAUGGGGGCCUUUGUGAGGGUUGUUGAUUGAAAAUGUAGUGUUGUGUUGCUGUGGGAUAGAGAGGGGGUUUACAGCAAAUCUGGGGCUGAAUUCUGGUUUAAAAUAAGUAUAUUUACUAACAUAAAAAGUACUUUAAAGCUUGAAAAUAAAAAUAAAAUAUUUCCCAGGUAAGUUCCCCAAGACUCUCUUAACUCAAGCUCUUUAGAAUGGAAUGAUAUCAAGGGGUAACUCUCCUUUGUUAUAUUUCUAAAACCUCACUGUAUAAACUAUUCCAUAUUUCAGAAAAGAAAGCUCAGUUGUUGCCUAGUAACUGAUACAACUUAUUUAAGAUACUGUAUAUCUGAAUCUACAAUGCUGUAAAUAUGUUGGGUUUUGUUUGCCUUUUUUUUUUGUGUGCUUUAUAUUUUUUUCGUGAAUGUUAUUUAUGUGUUUGGGGAUUGCCCGUGCGUCUCUUUAGACAUAUCUGCAAAUGUCAGGCUUUAGCACACUCUGUUUAGGAUCACAGUGCAAAGGUUUGUGUGUUACAGAGAGGUGUUGUAUCAAAGUUUGAAAUCAUCACAAAGUCUUUUCCCUGCUGAAAAAACAAUAAACAAAAAUAAUAAUUUUA